UCUUGUGUUUUGUAAGGUUAUCUUUAAUUAUCAUAUAUCUUAUGGUUAGUGAUAUACUUAAAAAUGGGCCAUGAUUCUGAAAUAUUAGCUUUUCUUAAUAUACAUAAAGAUCAACUUGUUGCAUCUAACAUCCCACAACACUUCUGGAAUACUCUGUAUAAAAAACUAAUACACAAAUCUUUUAAUGCUGGAAAUACAUUUCAACUUUUGAAACUAGAUUACGAUCAAGAACGACAGCACCACGAACCUAUUUGGGCUCUACAAGCCUUAUCAAAAAUUGAUCGUUUGGAUCCCAAACAUAUUUAUCUCAUCGAUCAUGCAUGGACGUAUCGUGUUGAAAAGGCGAAACAAACACUUAUGCUUCACGAUUCACUUAGGGAACGUUUAUGCAAGAUGUUUGAUUUAAAUGACAGUGAUAAGAUGCAGAAAGAAGAUUUAGUGGACGCCAUCUUCAACUGUAUGUGGAAAUUUAACAAUAUGUAUACGAUUGGAAGUGCAACGACUAUAGAGGAUAAAUUACCAGUUUGGUACAUUAUGGAUGAAAUUGGCACUUCAGUUUUACAUAACGAUAAUCCAAAUUGUCGAAUCGUUCCGUUUUACUACAGCGAUGAACAAAUCACUUAUUCUUUAUUGUUCCCCAUUGAAGAUAUCGACGAAGCUGAUUUAAUAUUUCGUGAUUUCGCAGAAGGUAUAACAGAUCCUGAAAAAAGAUCGGCAUUUCUACUACCGUGGGUGCCUAAGUCGUUUAGACAUUAUAGUAUAUAUCCACCGAUGCCAGGGGAAGAUUACUUUUUAUCUGGUCACGUAAAAGAAAGUUUGCCGGUUUUGUCGAAUUUUACAAAUAAAGAAAGUAAAGAAACGAGAUGUGUCCUUAAAGUUUUCACUCAGUAUAGUUUAGUUAAAGAAUUCCUGACGGAUAACAAGUUCAAAAUAGUUGAAAAUGAGGAUGAAGCUGAUAUAUUAUGGCUUACUGAACAUUUUAAAGACUUUGAAACAUUAAGUAAGUCUCCUGAGAAAUUUGUUAGUCAGUUUCCAUUCGAGUAUGUUUUGACUGUGAAGGAUUUACUUUGCAUAACGUGUAGAAGGAAGAAUUCUGUGAAAUGGUUACCCGUUACGUAUAAUUUAUUAACUGAAAUUACUAAUUUUGUGAGUUAUUUUCAACAGAGGCACGACGAAGGGCCAGACAAUUAUUGGAUUGUAAAACCUUGCAACUUAGCGAGGAGUUUAGACAUACACAUCACCGACAACUUAGAUUAUAUAAUGAAGCUCGCUACGACGGGUCCAAAAAUUGUACAGAAGUACAUAACAAAUCCCGUCUUAUUUUACCGUCCGGAACGUAACGGUUUUGUGAAAUUCGAUAUAAGGUAUGUUAUUUUGUUAAAAUGUGUGAAACCAUUAGAGGUUUUUGUGUAUAAAGAGUUUUUCCUGCGAUUCGCAAACGUACCGUUUGAAUUGAACGAAUUUGACAAUUACGAGAAACAUUUUACUGUAAUGAACUAUACCGAGAAUACGCAGCUAAAGCACAUGAAAUGUGAAGAAUUUAAAGAGCAUUGGGAACGACAGUAUUGUAACUAUCCGUGGGCGACGGUAGAAAAGUCUAUCGUAAAAAUGUUGAGGGAAAUUUUGGAGUGUGGAGCCUUGGAACCCCCACCGUUGGGUAUCGCCGAAAAUCCCCAGUCAAGAGCGCUUUACGCCGCUGAUUUAAUGUUAGAAUGGACAGAAAAUGCCGCAAUGCAACCAAAAAUAUUAGAAGUUAACUUUACACCUGACUGUAAGAGGGCCUGUGAUUAUUAUCCAGACUUUUACAACGAUGUGUUUAAUCUGUUCUUUAUGAAUAAAAGUUUGGAAAAGUUUAUACCGUUAUAAAAUAGAAAAUAUUUGUGCCAUUCAAUGUGAACUUGAAAUAAUACAGUUUUGUCAAGAUAAAUA